CGUUUGAAGUCGAAAUCUGACGCGUGACGCUCCGAAAUGGACAGGCUAUAGUAACAUCACAUAGGCACGCUGUAGCGUGCGAAUAAUCAAAUUGGAAGCAGACGAGAACAUUGAGUAACAAACUGUAACAAACUGGACAUGGUGGAAGACCUGCUAUCCAGGGGCUCCCCCCUCACGCCACAGUGGCAAUUACACCUUCAGAUGUGCAGCCUUUUUUUUUUUUUUUUUUUUUUUUUUUUUUGACAGUACAGGCAGAGAUGAAUCUGAUUGGAUAAAGCCCGAAAACACCUACUGUCCAUUACGAGACGGUUGCCAUGCGGUUUGGGCUUUUCCUUCAUUAAGACCUCGGCACAAAAUGUGCAUUUUCUAGUGUAAAUGCACAAUGAAUAUAGCUUAGAUUUAUCAAUGUUACAUAGAGGAAACUGAGGUUAGCUGUCACAGAGACUAUAUUUUAGUAAUAAGGUUUAGAGUCAAAAGCCAAAUGGCAUAAUGUGUGUUUUCUCUUGCAGUAAUUUAAUGUUGUUUUAAACACCUAGAUGAAAAGUAGAAUUUUUUUCAAUAUAUUUUCCUGCUAUAGCUAUCAAACAAUCACACUUCCAUACAAUCAAAACACAGUCAGUGAAAAUAUUUGUUAGAGUGAUUGGAUGAUUUAAUGUUAUCUUUUAUAUUAUAGCUGCUAUAUGAAUUAUUUUGCUCUUUAAAUUUUGCUGAAAAGCAUGCCUAUAGUGUGACAACAUGACCUUUUUGACUGUAUUUUUACAAGCAAUAAUGGCAGAAAUGUUGGGUUGAUGUUAAGAUGCUAAUAAAUUGUCUUUAAAGUUUGUGCCUGUGCGUAAAAAAAUAUAUAGACUACAGUACCACCAUGGUUUAUUCAGGUAAUAUAUCUUAUUACCGAUUAAGAUUACUACAUUUGUUUUAAUAGCAACUUUGAUAUUGUUAUAAACAGUAUAUAACGUUAUGCAGAAAUAACAAUCUACGAACAAUGGGAGUUUUGGAGGAGGGCUGCUUAGACAUGCUGCAAUAAUCUUAACCGACUUUAUAUUAGUGUUUAUGUGGUGUAUUAUUACCUGUAUUUUAUGAGGCCAUUUAGUUUCACAACACCACCGUGAGUAUUUCACAUUCAACAACACAGCGGAGAAUCACACACGCCGCCUUUGUUUGCCUCCGAAUUCAAACUCUUGGCCAAUAGGCGCAGAGCAGAUUGUCCAAUGGCGUUCCUACUUGGCGGACACGUGACGCAACAACUUGACUGGCAACAACAUCCCGACCAAUGGCCGUUUGGCGGUGGGAUGGGACCUCUGAAAGUACAGGAUACAGGUGUCAGACUGUAAUAUUCAUCUGUGGAAACGUUAGUGGGAUUAAAAAACUUUCAGUUAUGGCUCUUUCCCAAUGUCUUGAGGAUUCGCCGGGCUGGCGGACACCGAGGACAGGCCAGGACCUAAACUUAAAAGAACUUUACAAUGAGAGACACCGACUCGCUCUGGAGGAGCUGGUCUCCGGUGGAGUCGAGUCCUUUAUGGGAUUCCUGCAGAAAGAGAGAAUCCCCAACUUUCUCUCCGACGAAGAGAUCAGGCGGAUUUCCCGCGCUGCUGUAGUGCCCAAAUCAGUGUCUUUGAUUGGAGACGAUUCUCAUUUGGACCAAUCUGGCACACUGGACUGCUCAUCUGUUACUUAUUUUCCAGAAGUCUCUGAUAUUGAGCCUCCAGUUUUAGAGAUGGGCUGGCCAGCAUUCACUGCAGGGUCCUUCCGUGGAGUAACACGUGCCGUCGCCUACUUCCAGCCGAGUUAUGGAGAGUGCAUUUAUAGUUGCAAAGAAGCAGCCAGGAGGAUGAUAAAAAAUGCCAAAGAGGUGAUUGCUAUUGUGACAGACUCCUUGACAGACCUGGACAUCUUCCAAGACCUGCAGGAAGCAUGCACACGCCGUAGAGUUCCUGUGUAUAUUCUUUUAGACCAAUCUUCUGUUCCCUCAUUCUUACAAAUGUGUAAAAACCUUCGUGUACAGCUGGAUGAACUGCUGCAAAUGAAAGUACGAACCAUAACAGGUUCUACCUACUACAUGAGAUCAGGUGCUCGGAUCACCGGAAAGGUUCAUGAGCGUUUCAUGCUAAUUGAUGGAAACAGAGUGGCCACAGGUUCAUAUAGGUUUAACUGGACAGAUGGCAAACUAAACAGCAGCAACCUUAUCGAGUUAUCUGGCCAGAUAACCGAGAAAUUCGAUGAAGAGUUCCGCAUCCUGUAUGCCCAGUCCCUGCCACUGCCAUCGAAUACAAGAGCUCCCUCUAGUGCCAGAAGCAGCGGUUUAUAUGACCAUCUUGUCCUCAAACCACCUGGAACGCCUCCCUCCUACUUGGCUCGAACAACAAAGCCUCAACCAGAAUGUCUGACGAGCACUCCAGCCAGACUUCAUACCCCAGAGAUCCAACAGAUGAAUAAAGACAUUGAAGAUCGAGACAGAAAGGGUAACCCAGUUUCUGAUACUUCCACUCUAGGUGAAGACUGGAUCGAGCAAGAACUCGGAGAGGAAGCGCUCGCCUCGGAUGACCCUCCUUGUUUGCCGGCAACAAAUGUUACUGCUCAGACUCAGACGGUCGAUGCGAUGAUCUCUCCCCCUGUACCUUCCUGCGACAUCUCAACACAAACCGGCUGCCAAACGGCAGACGUGAGCGUGCAAACAUGCGCUGACAAGCUUAAAUCCAAAACCUCGACAAGCAGCAACCCCAAUGCUUCAUCCACUUGCAACAUACAGGAGGUGGACUGUCAUCCACCUGUCUGUGUUGUCCCACAAGACGUCACCCUGAGGGAAUGCUUCCUCAAGAUCACCAAAGAGCGGCAGCACCACUACAGCUCCAUUCGCUCCAAGCUCGACCACAUGGUGACACUGCUUUCUCACAAGAGGGAACUAGUGGACCUCACUAACUUGACGCUGAGGCCUGGCGUCCACAGAGGACGCAAGAGUCAGCAGGAGGGCAGGCAGGUUCACGGUACACUUGACAAUGUGAUUAUGGGGACUUGGCCCAGGUCGAGAUGUCUGCAGUAACACAAACUCAGAAGAACAGCGCUGGUGGUGGUCUGCUAUGUUUUAGUACAGCACUUUUUGAAAAACUGAGCUUGUAGAUUAAUCAUAAAAAUAUUUGAAUGAUGUGUAUGCAGUAUAAAAAAGACAAAUGUGCAAAGAUACUGUUUUUUCUUCUUAAUUUGAAUUUUACAUUUUGCUUUAGAUGGGGGGGAAAUUAUUAGUCUUUAUAUACCAUAGUCAGACAAACCAAAGUACUUUUUUUUUUUUUUGAAAUCCAGUGUGUCUGUAUUUGUUUGUCUCUGUUUCUUUGUGUUGUUUAAAGUUGUGAAGUUCUGAAAAUGACCUUCUUUGUAACACUAUUAGUUUUAUAUUCAUAUAUUGAAAAAAACAACAGUCACUCAUGAUUGUGUUUGAUGUGCCUUGGAUGUUAGUGAAAGGAUUGAAUCAAAACAAUUGUACUAAUUUGGAAACGUUUGGUACUUUGACUAUGCUUCAGGCAUUUGAAUAUUUAUUUCACCAACGAUGCUGAAUUAAAAAAAAUGUUAAAUUCAUG